AUGGUGAUGGAGUAUUGUGUCUGUGGCAUGCAAGAGAUGUUGGACAGCGUUCCUGACAAAAGGUUUCCAGUCUUUCAAGCGCACGGGUACUUUUGCCAACUUAUAGAUGGCUUGGAAUAUUUGCACAGCCAGGGCAUCGUACACAAAGAUAUCAAACCGGGGAAUCUCCUGCUCACAACCAAUGGGACUCUAAAGAUAUCAGAUCUAGGUGUGGCAGAGGCCUUGCAUCCAUUUGCUGAGGACGACAUGUGCCGAACCAGCCAGGGGUCACCCGCUUUUCAGCCUCCAGAAAUUGCCAACGGCCUGGAUACCUUUUCUGGCUUCAAAGUAGAUAUUUGGUCAGCAGGUGUCACACUGUACAAUAUUACAACAGGCCUUUAUCCCUUUGAAGGGGAUAAUAUUUAUAAAUUAUUUGAAAACAUUGGAAAAGGAGAUUAUGUAAUCCCUGAGGAUUGUGGCCCUCCGCUUUCGGAUUUGCUUAGAGGAAUGCUUGAAUACGACCCAGCCAAGAGGUUUUCAAUACAACAGAUAAGGCACCACAACUGGUUUCGAAAAAAGCACCCUCAGUGCGAGCCUCCCAUCGCCAUCCCGCCCAGCCCGGAGACGAAGGAUCGGUGGAGGAGCAUGACGGUGGUGCCUUACUUGGAAGACCUCCAUGGCUACAACGAGGAGGAGGAGGACGACGACGACUUAAAAGAUGACUACUUAGAGGACGAGAUCAUUUACACUCAGGAUUUCACCAUGCCAGGGCAGGUGCCUAACGAGACCAGGCAGAACGGGCAGAGCUGCACCAGGGGGCUGCCCAAACCGGUCUGCAUGAACGGGACGGAGUCCGGUCAGCUGGUCAGCAAGACGAAAGCCGAGCGGCGGGCCAGCGCCUCUUCCAACCCUUCCCACAAGGCCUCUUCCGCCAGCAGCAAGAUCCGCAAACUCUCCACCUGCAAGCAGCAGUGACCACCGGC